UGUCAUUCGGCGUGUUACCAUCUCGGGGCGGGCUGUCGGGCCACUGCAGGGAGCACAAGCACCGUCGGUGCCACUAGAGACUGCAAUUUUACUCUAUCUGUCGAUCUAAAUAUACUCGCUUUAUAUAUAGUCGACAGGAGGAGGCAGCUCUACCAUUUCAUCCACACUGUAUCAAUCCGCUCCAAGCCUCCCCUCCACGUACUUUCUAGUCCAUCACAAGAUAACGACGCCUCCUUGUUAGCUAUGCCUGCUGUCCAACCUGGAUCCACCAUCCUCGUCACCGGCGCGUCUGGAUACAUUGCUGCUCACGUCACUCGCGAGUUUUUGGACCAGGGCUACAAUGUCCGAGGGACUGUACGCGACAACGCCAAAGGAGACUAUCUCGCCCAGCUUUUCAAGGGUACUGCCGGUCGAUUUGAGUAUGUGAUUGUAAAGGACAUUGGAGAUGAGGGAGCUUUCGAUGAGGCUGUGAAGGGUGUCGAUGGAGUCGCGCAUGUUGCCAGUCCGGUGACUUUUGUGGUCGAAAAGCUAGCUGAUGUGGCUAUUCCUGCCGUAAAGGGUACUGUUGGCGUGCUCAACAGCAUUGUCAAGCAAGCGCCGAACGUCAAGCGCGUUGUUUACACUGCGUCUAGUGGGAGUAUCAAUGGACCAGGAGGACCUCCUACGCACUACACCGAGAAGGACUGGAACAAGGUAGACCUUAAGAUCUGCGAGGCCAUGGGAGAUGCCGCUCCCGGUGACUCCAAGUACCGAGCCAGUAAGGUCCUUGCUGAGAAAGCCUUUUGGAGCUUUCUUGACAACACAAAGCCGGCUUUCGAUGGCGUGACCAUACAUCCUCCUAUGGUAUACGGUCCCAUCAUUCAUCAGUGUGAUGACCCAAAGAAGCUCAACCACUCAGUCGGCAAUCGAAUCUUCCCAUAUAUCGUCGGGAGGAUGAAGCAGGCCGACCUUCCGGAGAGCGGGUCAAACUAUGUUGACGUUCGCGACGUGGCUCUGGCACAAGUAAGGGCUAUGACAGUCGAGGAGGCAGGAGGAGAGAGAUUCAUCUGCUCCAACGGUCCCUACAGCGGCAACGACGUCUGCGUGGUAAGCUACGCUUUCAUAUAUACCUAUCUGGAAACUGAUCUCCCUCUGCUCAGGUCUUGAAUCGCGAGUUCCCUGAUCUCAAGGAUGUGCCCGUCGGCGAUGUGACACCUGGAUACCGAGAAGAGUUGAACGCCAAGUCGAACUUUGUGGAUGGUUCCAAGGCAUCGAAGGUGCUCGGCAUCAAAUAUCGGUCGCUGGACGAGACCAUGAAGGAUACGGCUGAGAGCUUGAGGGCUAGGUUCAACUUCUAGAUAGCCUUUCUCGUCGCUGCAUGAUGCAACACCUCCUUCU